AUGUCAAAGCGCACGGAGCUCAAGAUGGCAUGCCCCCUUGUUCCUCUGGGAGCUAACAUCAUCGUCACAUUGGACAAGGCGGCAGGAGAGAAGAUGACUGACAGUGGCAUCUUGGUCGCCGCCUCUGUCAAGACUGACGGCCCUCAGACGGGAGUUGUCCAGGCAGUUGGCUCCGGAUGGGUUACUGAGCAAGGAGCUAAAGUACCGAUCGAGGAAGUGAAGGUGGGGGACAAAGUCAUGUUCCGUGAGCCAACAGCAUUCGAGAACAGAAAGAUGAAGAUGAAUGACCAGGACUAUUACGUCUUGUCUGUGAACGAUAUCUUGGCGAAGAUGGCCUAA